AUGGCUGCAAAACCACAUCUUCAACUGCCAACAAUCAUUUUGGUUCUCUCUAUCGGACUUGCAUUUGUGGCCCUUGCAAGUGCUUUCGAGCUCACCUCUCCCUCACCCUCUUCCUCCCCGUCACCCUCACCAUUGCCCUCACCCUUUGGUUUCUUGAAGCAUUUGAUAGGAUGCCAUAAGGGUGAGAAAGUAAAAGGAAUCAAACAACUCAAGAACUACCUUGAGAAGUUCGGUUAUGUUCACUACGACCACUCUAACAAAUCUCAGACUCAUGACGACGACUUUGACGAUAUCUUAGAGGCAGCUGUCAAAACAUACCAAAAAAAUUACCAUCUUCGUCCCACCGGAGUUCUCGACGCUCAAACCGUGUUAACGAUGUCUAUGCCUCGAUGUGGCUGCCCUGACAUCAUCAACGGGACCAAUACCAUGGAGAGAGAGCACGGCCGCCAUCUCGGAUCCCUACGAAUUGUUAGUCACUUUCAAUUCUUUGAUGGAAAACCUAAGUGGCCAGCCGGAAAAACUCAUCUAACCUAUGGUUUUCAACCCGGAGCGACAUCCCAAUUCUCCAAUAUCAUGACCAGAGCGUAUAAUAAGUGGGCGUCUGUCACCCAUUUUACAUUUUCUCAAGUCAACUUUAACAGUGCCGACAUGAAAGUAGGGUUUCAUGGUCAGAAAUCAGGUGACGACACGUUUGAUGGGCCUGGAGGCGUGUUGGCACACGCAUGGGCCCCAACCAAUGGACAAGCUCACUACGAUGUUGAUGAGAUAUGGGCGGAUGGUGUGGUUCCGGGUGCAUACGACUUGGAGAGUGUGGCCUUGCAUGAGAUUGGUCACCAACUAGGAUUGGCGCACAGUCAGGUUCAGAAUUCAAUCAUGUGGCCGUCAAUUGCAGCGGGGACAAGGAAGGGUUUAGUCCAAGACGAUAUUCAAGGAAUCAAGACUUUAUACGGGGUUUGAGAGAAAAUAAAUGAAG